AUGGCUGAUGAAAACGAUACACGCGAAGAGGAACUCUUCGAAGAAGAAGAAGCUGAUGAAACCAGCUUUCGAGCAGUCAAAGAUGCUGUUCUCUUCGCAAUUGAUAUCAGUAGCUCGAUGCUCACCCCUCGCGCUUCGCCAGAUUCCAAGAAAUCAGCCGACGAGUCACCGGCAUCUGCAGCCCUUAAAUGCGCAUACCAUCUGAUGCAGCAGCGUAUCAUAUCGAAUCCCGGUGACAUGAUCGGAGUUCUCCUCUAUGGAACACAGUCAUCCAAGUUCUACGAUGAAGAUGGAGAUGGUACUGGGGAUCUCUCAUACCCUCACUGUUAUCUCUUUACCGACCUGGACGUUCCCUCGGCCGAGGAAGUAAAGGAGCUUCGAGCUCUUGCGGAAGACGAGGAUGAGGCUCAGAAGUUACUAAAACCCUCCGAGGAGCCUGUUUCUAUGGCCAAUAUGUUGUUCUGUGCCAACCAGAUCUUCACGUCUAAAGCUCCAAAUUUCCUCUCACGGCGACUCUUCAUCGUGACCGACAAUGAUAAUCCUCAUGAAGAGAACAAGGCGCUUCGAUCCGCAGCUACAGUGCGUGCAAGGGAUCUGUACGACCUAAACGUUACAAUUGAGCUCUUCCCUAUCUCCCGAGUUGAUCAUGAAUUCGAGACCUCUAAAUUCUAUGAUGAUAUCAUCUACAAAACAUCUCCAAGUGAUGGGGAAGCCCCGGCCUACCUCCAGCCAGACACAAAAAUAGCGACUGCGCAGGGCGACGGAAUUACGUUGCUCAAUGCUCUCCUUUCCAGUAUCAAUUCUAGAUCCGUGCCCCAGAGGUCGAUCUUUUCCAAUAUGGCUUUGGAGAUUGGUCCUAAUCUCAAGAUUUCUGUCAAGGGUUAUCUGUUGCUCAAAAAGCAGCAGCCGGCACGGAGCUGCUACGUCUGGCUAGGUGGGGAGAAACCUCAGAUUGUCAAGGGAACUACUACACUUUUAGCAGAUGACACAGCACACACAGUUGAGAAGUCAGAAAUUCGCAAGGCAUACAAAUUCGGUGGUGAACAAGUUUCAUUCACACCUGAGGAGCAGCUAUCAUUGAGAGACUUUGGAGAGCCAGUGAUUCGAAUUAUUGGCUUCAAGCCGCUGGCUGACCUGCCCAUAUGGGCCAACAUUAAGCAUCCCACUUUUAUCUAUCCUUCCGAGGAAGACUAUAUCGGUUCUACACGUGUUUUCUCUGCGCUGCAGCAGAAACUUCUCAAGGACCGCAAACUUGCAUUGGUUUGGUUCAUUCCCCGCAAGAGAGCUUCUCCGGUCCUGGCGGCCAUGAUCUCUGGUGCUGAGAGAAUCGACGAGAAUGGUGUACAGAAAAUUCCACCUGGCAUGUGGAUUAUUCCACUUCCCUUCGCUGAUGACAUGCGGAGGAACCCAGACUACGGCUUUACUCCGGCACCGGAACCUCUCAUUGAUGCGAUGAGGCAGGUAGUAGGGCAAUUGCAGCUUCCGAAGGGUGUAUAUGACCCUCAGAAGUACCCUAAUCCUUCCCUUCAAUGGCAUUAUCGCAUUUUGCAAGCUUUGGCUCUCGACGAAGACCACCCGGGGACUCCUGACGACAAGACUUUACCCAAGUAUCGACAAAUCGACAAGCGUGCCGGUGAAUAUGUUAUACAAUGGGCCAAGGAGCUUGAUGCUCAAAAUGAAAAGAUCUUUGGGGGAACUGCUGCUUCAAAGAUGACCUUGGUCAAGCGAGGAUCAAAAGAUCACGAAAGUGCAGGCAGUCCACCAGCAAAGAAGACCAAGGUUGAGGACGGAGGAGCUGAUAUCGAACGCGAAAUCAAGACCGCCAUGACUAAGGGAACUUUGUCUAAGCUUACGGUGCCCACACUGAAAGAGUUUCUCAAUAAUCAUGGUCGCUCUGCGGCUGGCAAAAAAGCAGAUCUCAUUGAACGGAUAGAGCGGUACUUUGAGGAGAAGCUUUGA